UCAAGCUCCUCCUGAAGUCGACGAUCAUUGGCCGACUAGUUAACCAAAACGGGGGAAAGCACGUUAGGAGCGUAGCGCGCUUCAUUUGUCCGCACGCCGAGCAUUCCGAAUUAGAUCGGCGGCUAUAACGAAUCGUUUCAUCGAGAAUUUAUAGGCGCAUGACCUAACCUCUAAAUAAAUUUCGGUGUGGACUUUUGCUGUUUGUGCGCUAACGUGGUGUUUGUUGUUUUUUUUUAUUUAUUUAAAUAUAAUCGGUGUGACUGUGAGUGGAGUGCCUUGCAGCAUUCUACGAAUUAUAGUUUGUCAAAAUUCGCGUCAAAAACAGAGAACCGGUGCCGGUUUACGCUAUGGAAAUGGAACCGCAAGAACGAGACAACGAACUCGGCGAUGAAAGUCCUGUAUCGCAUAAUGAAGAGGAUAUGAGCGAUGGCGACGGGGGUCAUUCUGGUGGCGAUAACGAUGAUUUAGACAGCGGAGACGAGAUGCGACGUCAUACGAAUCUCCUAACCGAACACGGCGAUGUCCUCGCAAAACUUAAAAUGCAGGUGCGGGACAUCAAGGUAGGGGACGAUUACGAUACCGGCGGCGGCGGCGGCGGCGGCGGUAGAUCUCUCAAUUUAAGUUUUUCGUCGAUGGGAAAUCGCGGUAUAUCGAUACCGAACGGUACCGGUCAAGAUGGCGGUUUCCAAUUACCAGUUUCGUUUCCGUUUCCGCAUCCAGCUUUUUUACCGCCGAUGGCGCCACAACCGGCAGCGCCCUCUUCGGGAAGUUCCCAUUCUUCGGAAGGCAGCGCUUCCUCGCAACACACCUGGUCCUUCGAGGAACAAUUCAAACAGGUGCGUCAGUUGUACGAAAUCAACGACGAUCCAAAAAGGAAGGAAUUUCUAGACGAUCUUUUCUCCUUUAUGCAAAAACGAGGGUCGCCCAUCAACAGACUUCCGAUAAUGGCAAAGUCCGUUCUCGAUUUGUACGAAUUGUACAAUUUAGUAACGGCACGCGGGGGCUUAGUAGACGUAAUUAACAAGAAAUUGUGGCAAGAAAUCAUCAAAGGGUUGCAUUUACCAUCUUCGAUCACUUCGGCGGCGUUCACUUUAAGAACACAAUACAUGAAAUACCUGUACCCGUACGAAUGCGAAAAAAGAAGAUUGAGUACUCCGGCGGAAUUGCAAGUGGCCAUCGACGGUAAUCGAAGAGAAGGCAGAAGAAGCAGCUACGGUCAAUACGACACGAUGCAGCGUCCGCCCAACGCCAGUUUGCAGAUGUCGCCUUUGACUCUAGUCCCCCAACAACAACAACAGUUGGCCGCGAGGAUGCUGGGAGGUGGAAUGGGUCUGCACCACAACGGAGCCCAUCAUCCCAGCCAUCCGCAACCGAUGGGACAACCCAUGAACGGCGGACCGAUACCGGGCGUGGCGCCCAGCGAUUUCGAAGUCCGUAUGAUGGAAUAUAUGAAGCUGCUUAACAAAGAGCUGCAUAGGCCGGCGGCGGUGACGCCGCCGCUACGUCAAGAAGAACCUCCGAAUUCGACUUCCACGCCCGAUCCGUCCGAAUUGUCUCGAUUGACGCUUUGGAAUAUAUACAAUAAUAAUCAAUCGCCGGUAGAACCUCAAAAAGAACCGAUCAAUCUCUCUGAAACGUCCUCUAAUUUAUCGAAAAGGGAAUCGGAAUCGAGGGAAUCGCCGCCUCCCGCUAAAAGGAUCGUCAAAGAAGAAGAUAUACCAGAAUCUUCCAAAUCCGUGUCUUCUUCGGCUACGCAUAUCAAAAUUAAUAGUAGAGGUGAUUCCCGGAACGGAGACAACUCCUUGGUGGUUAGCAUGGAAUUGAACGGGAUCACUUACCAAGGAGUUUUAUUCGCCAUGACUAAUCCGUCGACGUCCGGAGGUAAAACGACGUUGGCGUCUUAAUAAUCGCGGCGAU